AGGGCGGUGACAGUUCCGACACCACCUGAAUGUACCACUAGCCGUGCGCCCUCCUUGCUCCUUGCUCCUUCCUCUACAGCAACAGCUGUCGAGGGUUUGAGUCUUCCAGUCGGCGGGGGGAGGCGAUGGUGUGAGUAUUCCUCAGCCACUCGGCACAUUCAGAGAUUUUUCUGCUGUCAGGGCUCCCCAGCCGGGGCAUGACCCGCCAUGUUCGACCUUAACGGCGUGUCUUUUGCCGGGUGCGGGUUCCUGGGGAUUUACCACAUCGGAGUUGCCAGCUGCCUGCUGGAGAAAGCACCCUACCUCGUCAAAGGGGCCACCAAGCUGUACGGGGCUUCUGCCGGUGCUCUGACCGCCUCGGUGCUCGCCAGCCAGGCGUCUAUAUCUAAGUGCUGUGAGGAUGUGAUUGAGCUGGCGAAGGAGGCUAGAAAGAGGAACCUGGGCCCUCUUCAUCCCACCUUCAACCUGAUCAAGGUAAUAAGGUCAGGCUUGAAUCGAGACCUGCCUUCUGAUGCACAUGUCCUGGCCUCGGGGCGACUGUGUGUUUCACUGACCAGGGUGUCCGAUGGGGAGAAUGUGCUGGUUUCUGAGUUUAGCUCCAAAGAGGAACUUAUUGAGGCACUGAUCUGUAGCUGUUUUAUCCCUAUCUACUGUGGGCUGAUCCCUCCUUCCUUCAGAGGAGUGCGCUAUGUGGAUGGUGGGAUCAGUGACAACCUGCCACAGUCAGAAUUGAAGAACACCAUCACUAUCUCGCCAUUUUCUGGUGAGAGUGACAUCUGCCCCCGCGACAGCUCCACUAGUUUCCACGAGCUGCGCUUCACCAACACCAGCAUCCAGAUGAACCUGGGUAACAUGUACCGCCUCACCAGGGCCCUGUUUCCACCAGAACCCAAGGUGCUAGCUGAGAUGUGCCAGAGCGGGUAUAAGGAUGCUCUACGCUUCCUUGAAGAGAACAACCUGUUGAUGCUGGAGUAUCCAACCUCUGGCCCAGCCAUGCCCGAGAACUCUGCCAAUUGCUGCUGCAAGCCUACUGAAACAACUAAAGAGUGGGUGCUCCGGAGACUUCGCCUACUGCGUAAACCACACUGGUGGCUGGAUGAACACAUCUUUCUGCCUACGACACUUAAGAAAGUGUUCUGUGAGGCCUGCCAAGACAAACCUGGCCUGUAUGCAAAGGUAUCAGAGAUGUUGCCAGUGAGAGUGGCUUCCUAUAUGCUCAUGCCAUACACACUUCCUGUACAGUCAGCCUACUCAGCAGCCCAGAGGUUUGUGGAGUGGAUCCCAGAGGUGCCAGCUGAUGUGCGCUGGCUGUUUGGGGUGGCAGGUGAUGUGUACCGACAAACAUGGAAAGGAGAACCAACCACCUCCCACAGUGAACCAUGCCUAAGGAAAUGCCUGAGCGCACCACCUCUACAUACGGAGUGUGACAGACCCAUGCAGAGAGACGACCUGCCUGCUCUUUCCUCCCUAGACCUCCACAGCAACUACUGGGAGAGUCCUGAAUCUACCUCUUCCUCGUCUAACCACUACCGUCAUCCUCACAUUGGCCCCACCUCUCCACACCAAGUGUCCUUCUUUGUGGGCUCACAGGAUGAGCCUCAUAGCUAUGCCCAGCAGUAAAAAGAUUUAGGACUUGCACUUUGACAAUGAUCUAAUCAAAUGUCUACUCUCUCUGGGAGCAGCUAGUGGAUUGAUGAGGGGUUAAAAAACUGAACAAAUAAGCAUGAAUGUUCCGAACUUCAAACAUUUCAGGAAGCACAAAGUGUAUUAUAUUUUAAUUAAUUCUCUGGAAGGCAGAGAUGCAACUCACUCAGGAGCAUGGAUGUGUUUUAACACACAGCACAGAAAUGUGUUCAGUCUGACAGUCUAACUACAACCCUAAGUAGCCAUUUGUUUAAAAAAGUACUUAAAAGUGGUAUCCUCUUUCCAAUGGAGUUAACUAAAUCAGGAGCUUUUUGUUUCUCAGCAAGUAACUUUCUCUGUCUGUUUAUUCUUUUGAUGAUGUUUGUUAAUUUUUACAGUUGUGUGAUAUCCCCAUGCACCAUAUAAUGACUAUUAGGUGACAUGAUGCGGCUUCUGGCAGCCAUAUCGAAGGAUUUCCGGCCAUGUUUCUAAAUAUAAAUAAUCUUACCUGAGAUGGCGUAUCUGUUUUCCUUGUUAUAAACAGCAGUUAUCUUGCUAUAUUCCUUGAUCUUACAUUGGACUGGCUAUGACCACAAUCAAGGGGACACAGUCAGAGCUGUGGUUUUAGCCAAUCUGUUACUGUAGCUGUAGUUUUUGCCAUGACUGUGGUUGUAGGUAAUGUGGUGGCUAAUGGUUGUUGCUAUAGCUAUAACAGUGCUAACACUGACAUAACAUUUGUACUUUAGUGAGAAAUAAGGUAUGUGCUAUCAACACACCCCAGGAGUUCAGGAACAUCAUCAACAGAAUGCUCACCCAGUUCAACCAUGUCAAAAAGUGUCUUCAUAAUAGCCUCUUAGCCCUACGUUAUUCUCCAAUCACAGCAUUAUGACUAACAUUAACAUUAUGGCCACUUUACAAGCAUAUACUGGGUGGACCAUGGAAAAGUAGCCCGCCUCCAAAACAAUCUGCUUGCACGGACUACUUUUCCGUGGCCCAUCCUGUAGUUAAACUCAGUUAUGUGCUUUAAUUGAGAUGAUGUCAAAGACUAGACAUAACAUAGACAUAACAGAACUGUAUAUUGAGACAAAUCUAUCAAACAAGUGACAUUAUUCACUGAUCUCUAACACUGUUAACCACGACUUGCUGAUUAAUAUAGCCCAUUUUCUGUGUAUAAAGCCAGCAACAGACCUCCAUUAUUGGUACCACAUGUCUGCUGGUAGAUAUUUGACACAACUGUAAAGUGUAUUUUCUGUGGAUGCCACUGUCUUCAUUUGCUAAACUCAUUUGCUCACACUGACUGUGUUCUGUGUUGAUCAGGGGAGUGAAACCAGUCUUAUCCUGAUAUCAGUGUUUUCACUGUGUACGGUCUGACCUUUGGCUUCAAAAUCUAAUUUACUCACUUAUCACUUGAAUGUAAUGUUAUGUUAUUGUACUGUGCUGUUCUCCUAAGAUUAAACUAUUUUAAAUUAA